CAUGAUUCUACACAAAUCUGAAGAGCGUGAGACUACGACCUCAAGUGCCCCAUCUAGUGUGUUAUGCAGUUCACUGAAAUCCUGUUGGCUUUAGAGUUAAUAAUUCACCUCGCACUUUCUGGUUUUGAACAAGGUCUUUAUUUGCAUGGCACAGUGCAGUUUCAUCACAUCACUUGCAGCUGUUCUCAGCUACUGUCCCCCAGCCCAUCCCUCCGGUGAAAGCCUGACCGUUACACACGUUUUUUACACCUCUCCCCUAGCAUAAACAGCUCCAUUUGUGCCCAGCAACGUGCACAAAAGCAGGCGGCGCUUCGGAGCCCGUCAGAGGAGGGUGCGGAGCGGAGGGGGCCCAGCGCCGCUCGGCUGCCAGCACCCAAGCGGUUAACGACAAGAUGGCGCCGCGCCGCCUUCCCCCCGCCCCGCGCGCACAGCCCUCGCGCGGCGGCCUGCUCGCGCCUGUGUCGCGCGGAGAUGAGUCACGAGCAGGGGCGCGCCGCGAGGCUGAGGGGAGGCGGCGGGCGCGGAGCGGGGCGGGCGGCGCUGCUGCUGCUGGCGGCGAACAUGGCCGGCGUCGCCGACGCCGCUGCCUCUGCCGCCGCGCCGGGCAGCGGCGGAGAAGGACGGCGCGGCGGCAUCCCAGAGCAGCAGGACUGCGGCCGAGGGGAGCCGAAGACUCUUUGGGGGAGCAGUGACCCGCGGCCACCUGCCGCCGGCCCGGGGCAGCCGCCUCCGCAGCAGCGAACGGAGACGCUCGGUUUCUACGAGAGCGAUCGGGGCAGGAAGAAGAAGCGGAGCCUCUCGGAUCUGUCAUUGCUGAGAUUCAUCAGUGCAGAGCUAACAAGAGGUUACUUCCUUGAACACAAUGAAGCAAAAUACACAGAGCGAAGAGAGAGAGUAUACACGUGCAUGCGGAUACCCAAAGAACUGGAGAAGUUAAUGUUUUUUGGAAUCUUUUUGUGCCUGGAUGCUUUUCUGUAUAUAUUCACCCUGCUUCCAUUGAGAGUGUUUCUGGCGAUGUUCCGGUUCAUCACUUUGCCUUGCUAUGGCUUACGCUCUCAUCGAGGCCUAACAGCAAGUGAUAGACGUUUGCUACAACCUGCUCAGGUAUGUGACAUUCUCAAAGGAGUUAUAUUGGUCAUCUGCUACUUCAUGAUGCACUAUGUUGACUACUCUAUGAUGUAUCAUCUGAUAAGGGGACAGUCUGUCAUAAAACUCUACAUCAUCUAUAACAUGCUUGAGGUGGCUGAUCGUCUCUUUUCUUCAUUUGGACAAGAUAUUUUGGAUGCUCUUUAUUGGACAGCUACAGAACCGAAAGAAAGAAAAAGAGCUCACAUAGGUGUGAUUCCUCAUUUCUUAAUGGCAGUGAUGUAUGUCUUCCUGCAUGCUAUUCUUAUAAUGGUUCAAGCAACAACCCUUAAUGUGGCCUUCAACUCCCACAAUAAAUCACUGCUGACAAUCAUGAUGUCCAAUAAUUUCGUUGAAAUAAAAGGAAGUGUUUUCAAGAAGUUUGAGAAGAACAAUCUUUUUCAGAUGUCAAAUAGUGAUAUAAAGGAGAGGUUCACCAAUUAUGUGCUGCUACUAAUUGUAUGUCUAAGGAAUAUGGAACAGUUUUCAUGGAACCCAGAUCAUUUUUGGGUGUUGUUCCCAGAUGUUUGCAUGGUGGUUGCUUCAGAAAUUGCAGUGGAUAUUGUGAAACAUGCCUUCAUAACAAAAUUCAAUGACAUCACAGCAGAUGUCUACAGCGAGUACAGAGCCAGUCUUGCAUUUGACCUUGUUAGCAGUCGACAGAAAAAUGCAUACACAGAUUAUAGUGAUUCAGUUUCCAGAAGAAUGGGCUUCAUUCCUCUUCCACUGGCUGUUUUACUCAUCAGAGUCAUAACAAGCUCAAUAAAAGUACAAGGAGUCUUAGCUUACAUUUGUGUUGUGCUGUUCUACUGUGGGUUAAUAUCCUUUAAAGUCCUUAACAGUAUUGUAUUACUGGGGAAAUCAUGUCAAUACGUAAAGGAGGCAAAAAUGGAGGAGAAAUUAUUCAAUCCUAUCCUGACUGCCACCCCAGGGAAGCCAGCUGGCAAACAGCAAAGCAUGUUUAAAUCUACUCAAGGAAGGUCCACAGAUGAAAAUGGAUCUCCAUCAGUUACCAGUCAGCCUGUGCAUCAGAAGGAGAAUACACCCUCUUUACUUGUAACAAGCAAUUCUGAUCAAUUUCUGACAACUCCUGAUGGAGAAGAAAAAGAUAUAAGCCAAGACAGUUCAGAAUUAAAACACAGGUCUUCAAAAAAGGACUUGUUGGAGAUAGACAGGUUUACUAUUUGUGGAAACAGAAUUGACUAAGAUUGUGGUUUUGUGUUUUUGUUUUUUUUUUAAUCAAUGUGCUGAGGAUACUGAGCUGUUGGGACAGCAGAUGCUACCAGAAUGGACAGUUGCCAAAAAAAGGCACAUAAAUAUUUAUUUAAAAACUUAAAUUAUUAAUGGCAAAAAAAAUUAAUAUCUUUCUACAAGUAACUUGGCGUGGUAUCUGGUCAGGUCAAGGAAGUGAUCUUUGACUUGCCUCUUGGAAAAAGUGAUGGAUCUCACAUGAGUCUCUAGCCUGGUGGCAGAGCUGCAGUAUCUACUUGUCUGGAAAACAGUCUGGAAAGAAGGCAUAAUCCUGUUCUGCGCAAUGGAAUUACACUUCCAGAACAUACUACUUCUCAUGAGGGUUCCUCCAGUGUAAGGAUACUCCUGGAAACGUGUGACAGUUUGACCAGAAGCUUGCCUUUACAGUUACUUUUUGUUAAACAUCUGCAAGCAGAAUUCAAAUCUUGUGCUUAUAUCAACAAACGCAUAAAGCAUUGAUACAUAAAACAGUAAGUCAAGAUAGUUAUUCUUGUCAACAGAAAUCUUCAAGAUGUACCUUGAAAAUCUUGUAAUCAGAAUAAAACUUUGCCUUUAAGUGAAAGACCUACUGCAUACUAUUUUAUCUAAAUACUAAACAGCAAGGAAGGAUCACAGUUAUGAAGGCUCUGCUUAACUGGGCAAAUACAAAGCAUAUUCAUUUCUUGUGUUGUGUGUCCUGCAAGGCAGAUUACUUAUAAAUUAUUUUUAAAAGCUGAGGAUUUUUUUUAUUCCUGUAGGAAAAAGAUUAUAAUAAAAGGUCACUUCUAUAUGUUGAGGAAAGGCAAUGUUAAUUGCAGCUAAGCCAGAAGUGUGUUGGUGCUCUACGUAUGGCUUUAACACAGGAGCAAAGAAUGGAACUGCCUUUUGAGUCUAACUGACAGGAAUGGUAGCUGUGUGUUACCUUGCCUGAUGUGCUUAUAAAAGCUCAUGCUGACAAUGAAGUCACAAUUACCUGUUUUAACUGGUUGGUUUUAGUCCAGCUUACACAGAUGGACUUGAUAUGUAACAAAUAUUUAAGCAUUACAAUGCAUCUUCAUGUCUCAUGUGAGAUGCUGUUGUGGGAGAGUUGACAGAAGAUAGUUUGGAAUGCUUAGACAAGUGUGGAAUAAAUUUGAGCUCAAAGCUUAGGCUGGAGACUAGUAUUGGGAGAAACCCUUUAGUUAAAGAUGAAUCCUUCCUGUAUUGUUGUUAAACAGCAUUAACUUCAUUUGCCUUUCAGAUAUUUAAGUAAGACUUGUUUCAGUUUCCAAGAGGAGGCAUCGUGAAAGUAUUUCAGUGCUGAACAAAUGGAGACAAAAUUUGCUCUUCGCUAAUUUAAUAAUUUGUCAGAGUGGGAAAGCCAAAAUUUAUUUGCUCUAUGAAUGUGUGAAAGUGCAAUGUAAAUGCUAAUCCCUGAAACUUCCAAGGCUACAGUAAUAGAGAAGAUGGAGACAAUUGGACAGAGUCAUCAGCUAUCUGAGCAGGCCUAGUAAUGAGAUUAGUGCAGUCUACUUCAAGAGUAGCUGGAGUGAUGGCCAAAACAUGUGAUUACUGUUCAGGUAAGAGAGUAAAAAGAGAACUUGUACUGGAGAAAAUUCAGAAAUUCUGUAAUAUUUGAUGCAUUUUAUACUAAUUGGAGAUGUUCACAAAUAGAAAAUUAGAUUAUCUGUCCAUUUGGUGUAUCUUUUUUUUUAAUUAUUUAGCAGUUGCUAAAGAAAGCUUGGAAUUGGUUUCAUUUUUUCUGUUGAAUGACAUUCUGUAUCAAUUUUAUAAGUGCAUCUUGUGUGAAACUCAAUAAAAUUCAAUUUUGUAAUAUUUGUUUAAAAAAGGAAAAA